GCCAUGUCAAUGUCAAGUCAUGUCAUUGAUAUUUCUCUUCUCUUUGAAGAAUUAUUUUAUUUAGAAAAAUAGUUUUUAACACUAUAUUUUACAAAUACACUUAAAAAAUGGCUAAGAAAACUUAUGACCUGUUAUUCAAACUUCUCCUAAUUGGUGAUUCUGGUGUUGGCAAGACCUGUAUACUGUUUAGAUUUUCAGAUAACCAUUUUACAACGACCUUUAUUUCAACUAUCGGUAUAGAUUUUAAAAUUAAGACAGUGGAAUUGCGUGGUAAGAAAAUAAAAUUGCAAAUUUGGGACACAGCGGGACAGGAGCGGUUCCACACUAUCACCACGUCGUACUACCGCGGCGCCAUGGGCAUCAUGCUGGUGUACGACAUCAGCAAUGAGAAGACAUUUGACGACAUCGUCAAGUGGUUGAGAAAUAUAGAUGAGCAUGCCAAUGAGGAUGUAGAGAAGAUGAUCCUGGGCAACAAGUGUGACAUGGAGGAGAAGAGAGUCGUGAGCAAAGAGCGGGGAGAAGCUAUAGCGCGCGAGCACGGCAUCCGCUUCAUGGAGACGUCGGCCAAGUCCAACAUCAACAUCGACCGCGCCUUCUCCGAGCUGGCCGAGGCCAUCCUCGACAAGUCUGCGGGGCGCGAGGCGGACGCCGACCACGCGCGCAUCGCCGUGGAGCGCCGCCCCUCCCGCGCGCCGCCCGCGCGCGCCUGCUGCUCCUAGGCUGCCCGCCCGCACCCGCACCCCGUCCCUUCCGCGCGCCGCCCAGUGACUCCAGUUCUACGUACAGGGCUGCCCUUUCCUUCGACACGAUAUUUUUCAUUUUCCUGGUGCGUUCUGAACGUUCUGUCGGUGCGUUCUGAACGUUCUGCCGGUGCGUUCAGAACUUGCUGCCGGUGCGUUUUGAACUUUCUGCUCGUAACGAGCGGCACGGCAGCUGCACGAAACAGCCGUUUCCAACAACAGAUCUGAUAAGUGUCUGUGAUCUCUCAGUUGAUGAAAAAGUGCAUUACAAAUGUAUAUUGAAGAAGGAAUUUUCCAUUUUGCAUAAUCUUCACUUGUUAAUGACAUAGUGCACGUCACUGCCCACAUCAAUGUCUUGUGCGUUGGACGUUGACAACAGUUUAACGACCACCGAUAUUUAAUUCAGAUAGUUUAUCAGACAAUUAAAGCAUCGCAGAUGAGUCACACAGCGGGCUCACGAUGGAAGCAUUUUUUGCGUUUGAAUGUUAUAUUUUAGACAAUAUAAUACAGAUUUAAUUCUCGUUCAGCGUAUCUGCGCAGAAUGUGAGGGAGCCGCCCGUGCGACCCGCGCGAUCCGUGCCGACUGAGACUGCAGAGCGCCAUUCAUUCACAUCCUCCCGAGAUAGAACAGUCGGUACGAGUGAGAGAGGAGGAGAAUGAGAGAGGAGAGAGGCGUGCAAACAUCCACCAUGUUAUCAUUUAGUGUAAUCGCUCGAAGGUGUUUUGUUUUCUCGAUGUACGUGCGGCGGAGCGCGGGAGGGCGGCGCUCCUGCGGCGUCCGUAUAGUUAGCUCGUCUAGUCGGAAAUUGAAAUCUUAAAUGUUAAAAUGGAUGCAUAAUUUAAUCUUUUUGAAUUAGAAAUUGUGACCCUGUGGGCUUGUAGGUAUCGUGUAGCAGUCGCGGAUCGCUCGCGAUCUACUUACUGCAUGUAAAUGAGUUCAACGCGACAAUCGCGACGAACGAGCGACAACAGCAACUUGCGCUCGACGGAAUCAGGUCCACGACAUGAUUAUGAAGUUCGUUUAAAAAAUCUGGCCGUUGUUCUAAAUAAUACCUAAAAGACCUUUGCUUUUGCUUACUUAGAACUUAAAUUAUUAUUUGUAAAAUUUUGUUGGCGUAUAAAAAUAUACAAAGUUGUAGCUUCAGCUGUUAUAGCGUUAUUGAAGCGUUGAAUGCUGAAGUAUCACAUGAUUACUGUGUCGUCACAUUGGAUCGCAAGGUUAAAGUAUAUUUUUGCAUUUUAUUACAAUUACUUAAUUUUGAAUCUGCAAUAUUUUAUAUUUUUGUAUUUGUGUCAGUGUCGGUAUCGUCUCCUUGUUUCCUCGCUGCGAGCCGCAGUCGACGGCGGCUACCCGUCUGUCGGUCUGUCGGUCUGUCCGCACGUGACGCUACAUUCGCUCGACAGCUGGUGCUCGCGUUUCUGAACGUUAACAGACCACUGCAUGUGUUGUUUGUCACAAAUUGAGCCUAACUUUUGGCAAUUCGCUUUUUUAAUGCAAUGGAAUGCACAAAAAGUUGCAGUCGCUCGACAGUAGCCCAUGUGCGGUCAGUCUACAAGUCGUUCUUCCUCGCUGUCAGAACUUAAGUAUAGCAUUAAGUGUAAUUUGUGCAAUAAUUGCCUGCGACUGUCGCGGUGACAUUGCCCGUCAGUCGCCGGAGUUCAUUUACCCUUUUUAUAUGUACGACAUCAGCGUAUAGAUAUAAUAUCGCUAAUUAUUAAGCAUAAAAGUUACGUAUCACAUUUAAUUGAUAGGGAAAUGCUAAAACUCGCAUACCAGAAGUGUAGAUGAAAAUUAUCGGCGUUGUAUGUCAAUAUGUGUGGGUGCACCUCGGACCUCAUCAGUAUCGUGUCGCCUUUUGACUCAUCUGAAUAACAAUCAUGUACCUACUUACCAGUGUUGAGAAAAAUACCGUUACCGGUUACUAUUGUGAUGCUGUCGCUACAACUACAUUGCGAAAUUGUGUAAGCGGCUCAAACUGGCUUCAAUAUUUUCUAUCAGAAGAGAGAAACGACUGAGGGAUAUGAGUGUUUCUCUUAAUCGCUGGCAUUAAUUUGUCGUGUCUUAUCAUCUUUAGCAAACUUUUGAAGUGAUAACUUAUUUUGGGAUAGAUUCGGACCGUAGCGCGUUACGGCGCCACUUUUCCCUUUCUCUCAACUCAACAUAUUGACAUUCAAUGAUAGAUUUGUCUUGUAAACUACACUCGAGGCACUGCGCUAUGUAAAUAAGUAGCACAGGGCGGGAGUUGCGCUGCGGCAGCACAGCUCGACGCUUCCUCGUCACCGGAACUGCCUCUGCACCAUUUACUUAUCCCUUAACGCGGUACUCGUCACGUAAUACUUCAAUGCUUUUCUGUAAUAAGUAACUAGAGGUACAUUGCAGUGAGGGGGAGGCGUGAACUCCAACAACCUUGAGAACGCAGUCACUGACUUGCGAACUCAUUUGCUUUUGUGGACUCAGGUUCGCUGAUUAGCAAAGUCUAGCGCCCUGUGACCUUUCACUGCUAGCUCUCCUCAUUUUACUUGUAACACGAUAGCAAUAAAUAAAUACUUAAUUUAAUUAUUAGUAGUUUAAUUUAGUAAACUAUUCUUCAGCGUUAUAUUGAAACCCUUGUGUAUAUUUUUUUGGCGAAAACUGUUUAAAAUUGAAAAUCUAUUUAAUGUCCAUUAUUACAUUUUGCACAUAUUUAAUAUAUUAGUGCACACGGUUGUUAAUGCUAAUUCGGAGAUAGAGGUCUGACGUUCCUUGUUUUUGGCGGUCUGAAUUUGAAUGUCAAAUAUUGUCAUCUAAAGUACAUCAUCAAGUGUUUAUAGUACUUACUUGAUAUAAACCUGUUCUAUUUUCAAGUUCUUCAUACUAUGAAUUGAAUGAAAUGUUAAGACUCAUCACAUUGCUGAAUACUUUCCUUCGGUACGUCUUCAAGUACGAGUUAGCAUGGUGACCGGUUGAAAUCAAUAAACGCGAUGUAUUUUACAAUUGAUGUUGAUAUACUUUGAUACAAUAACUUAGAAUCGCCGCGCUGUACUACGAGACUAAGAGUAUUUACUAAAUUAGACUAGUCUAUAGCGUGUAGGUGAUAACUUAAGUGAACUUAUAUAGUACGUGCGUCGGAGGAUUAUUAUUAAAUAAAUUACUAUUUUCUCGUAGGGUGUAUGUGUCGUCGGUUUUUACCUGCUUUUAUAAAUAAACAUCGGCAUUGUAUAUUACGUUCAUAAUAAACGAACCUAUGGUUA